AUGGCAAAUGGGUCGGUUCCCAUUCCUGCGCCUCAGUUUCCCACUCACAACGCCCCGAGGGUCUGGCUAUUGACGUCUGGUGACUCUCCAAUUGGGAUCUCUAUAGCUCGCCAGAUCUUGAAUCAUGGUGACUACGUGGUGUCUGGUAUUAUCCAAGCUGAGUUCGAAAAUAAUGGGGCACGGAGUAAGGAGUUCAAAAGCUUUUUAGCGGAAGUGGGAAGAAAUGCGGGCUGGAAAGAUCGUUUAAAGGUCGUUGCGCUGGAUAUCAGGAACGUCGCGCAUUGCCAGGCAGCCGUAGCAGAAGGAGUCCACACCUUUCGUGGAGUGGACAUAUUGUUCUGCUGUACAAGCGAGGCAAUAGUGGGCACGAUCGAGGAGCUUGGGGCAAGCUACCGCACCCUGACGUUGGUGCGCGACCAAUUCGAGAGGAACUUCUUUGGUCCCAUGAAUAUCAUCCGCGCUGUGGUUCCCCAGAUGCGCUCUCAAAUUAAUGGCCACAUCAUUGUCAUGACCGGGAUCACUGGUCAUCUAGGGACACCAGGGUUAAGUAUGUACUGUGCUUCCAAUUGGGCAUUGGAAGGAUUCUGCGACAGCAUCGCCUAUGAGAUUGCUCCAUUCAACAUCAAGUUGACCAUUGUUCAGCCCAGCGUGGAGAUUGGUAUCUUGACCAACAAAGUAACAUCUGCUCCACCGAUGAAAGAGUACUCGAGAGAAUUCGGUCAGACCGCUCCCAUGUUUCGAGGAAUACUCGACGGGCUUCUGAACCGUCUCCCUGGAAUUAGGGAGGAGCAUCCACCACCGCCAGAAUUCGAUAUUCAAUCACCGUCGUCUGAGGCCGAGAGGCAGAGUGGGCCAUGGCUCCUCGGUCGCAAUGAAGUGGUCAGCAUGUACCCUCCACUGAGCCCGGCUCAUACCGAAAAGCUCAUUGCAGAGACAGUGCAUGCAGUAACGGCGAUUGGUGGCCAUGAGAAUCCGCCUGCGCGUCAUAUUGUCGGGGUAGAGGGAGUUGCCAGCGUCAGAGAAAAGCUCAAAACAGUGAGCGAGGAGCUCGAGGAAUUUGCCGAGACCAGUAUAUCUGCGGACAUGACCAAACAAGGAAGCGGUGCUAGCAAGUUGGGUGUGGUAGAUAUCGACAUCAAGGACUUGGAGAGUGAUGUCUUUGAUGCGUCACUCGGGUUGCAUUUGAGUUAA